AUGGGCAAUCGCGAGUCGACCACGAACGGCGCGCAGGACGAUGGCCAGGCUGGCGCCGGGGCUCCCGACUACUACGCUCUCCUUGAGGUCGACGACAAUGCGACUGCAGAUGAGAUCAGGCGAUCCUUCCGCAGGCUCGCUCUCAUCCAUCAUCCAGACAAGAACCCCGACAACAUAGACGACGCGACAAAGAGAUUCGCGACCCUACAGCAGGCUUACGAGGUACUCAGCGACGACCAAGAGCGCGCGUGGUACGACAGUCAUAGGGCCUCUCUUGCCCCAGAGCCCGACGCUGGGUCCGUCUUCGAGGACAUCAAGCGCGGCACGCCCCCUCCGCGCGCACGCGAUCGCGGUCUGACCGUCCGACAUCUUGCUCAGUUCUUCGACGCGUCAAUAUAUACCGGGUAUGACGACGGACCCAACAGCUUCUUCACAAUCUACCGCAACCUCUUCGACCGCCUUGUUCACGAUGAGCGCCAAUAUGCCGAUGCUUCCUCCCAGUACCCUGCUUUCGGAGAUGCGACAUGGCCAUGGGUGCCCGCCAGCAAGGACUCAAAGGAUAGAGCCACGCGCACGUUCUACAACUCUUGGAUGAACUUCGUGACUGCCAAGGACUUUGCUUGGGCGGAUGCGUGGAACGUGAACGAAGCUCCUGAUCGACGGGUGCGGAGGCUAAUGGAGCGAGACAACAAGAAAGCGAGGGAUGACGCUCGUAAGGAAUACAAUGAUACUGUCAGGUCUCUAGCAACCUUCCUUCGAAAACGUGAUCCACGCUACAAGGCUCAUUUGGCCGCCCAAGCUGCCGCCGCGUCCUCUACCGCCUCCACGCCGAAGGGCGCACGCACACCCACCACGCGACCGGCACCUCCGUCCUCCCAGGCCGAGUUCGUCGCGCAGGACUGGCAAAAGGCACAGAAAAUCUCUGACGCUGAAGACCUCGAGUGGGCCGCUGCAGAGAACGAGCAAGAGGAGUGGGAGUGCGUCGCGUGCGGUAAGACCUUCCGGAGUGAGGCGGCCUGGACUAGCCAUGAACGCAGCCGGAAGCACUUGAAGGCGGUCGAGGACCUCCGGAAGCGCAUGAGGGAGGAGAGCGAAGAGCUGGGGCUGGGGGAAGUUGAUGAGGAGGACGAGGAAGAGAGGGGAAGCGACGAGGAGUAUGAGACGUAUGAAGAUCCCCCGGAAACGCCAAUUAUCCCCUCGGAAGCUGGAGAGAUAGUCGACGAACCAGCAGAAGCGCCGGCACUCGACGCUGACAGCGGCGAGGAGGAUCAGGAAUCUGAGAACAGCACCGAGAGAGCAACGAAGGGAUCUCGAGCAACGUCACCGGGGACGGAGGGCGGUCCCCCACACGGAGAUGGCGAGACAAAUGUCACUCAGCCUACGUCUAAAGCAAAGACGAAGGGCAAACAGCCGCGCGCCCCCUCUCCGGAGGUCCUCACAAAGUCACGGCGUAGGGCGAAAGCUCGGAACGAACCGGCCAGUGCGGCGGCUUCUGCUUCCGGUCCUCCUUCUGUGCUUACUGCUGAGCCUGAGGAUCAUACUCCCCACGAAGCAGCCGAGUCUACGUCCACGCCAACGCCGCAGCCGGAACUCUCGAAACGGGACAAACGCCGCGCUCGCGAGGCUGCGAAAGCAGCACGCGCAGAGACAGUGGGCCCUGUUACUGCCAAGGAGUGUAACAUUUGCAAGUCGGAGUUUGACAGCCGGACGAAGCUCUUUGCGCAUAUCAAGACGACCGGACACGCUGCUGCAACCCCGGCUCAGGCUGACGAGGGUCGGGGAGGAGGUACGAAGAAGGGCAAGAAAGGCAAGAAAUGA